AUGUUGAAUCUGUAAUAGAACAAGAACAAGAUAAAUUGGUAUUAUCAGAAACAAUAAUGGAUUUAGCUUAUCCAAUUACUGCUUGUAAAAAGCAUCUAUUAAAACAGCCAGUAAUAAUGCCAACUCAGCAACAAGAACAAAGGAUAUAUAUAAUAACUAAUGAUGAAAAUAAUCGGAAUUGUAAAACUACAUUUAAAACCAAUUGGCAGUUUAUUACUGCUAUUUUUGUACUAACAAUAACCUAUAAAUUAUACGAGAUGUUGGAAAAUACAUUUUUUGAUCAUAUUGAAAUGAUGAAGCACCUUCAUAUUGAAGAUACAAGAAGAUAUCAAAGGACCAAAUCUGCUUAUGAAGAGGUUAAAGCUAAAAAUAGAGAACUUGAAACAAAAAUUACGAUUACCAAUAAUAAACUCAUGAGAAGUGAACAAGAGCUGAAAUUAGAGAAAGAAAAAAAUAAUAAUCAUCAAUUAAAUCUCAAGAUUACUAAAGAAAAACUUAAAGCUACCCAAGACAGCAAUACAGGCUUUACUAUUGAACUCACUACUACCAAAAAAGAACUAAAAGCUACACAAGAUUGUAACAUUAACCUUAAAAAAAAAAUUACUAUUACCGAAAAGGAACUAAAAAAUUACAAACAAAAAUUAAAUGAAGAAAGAAAACAAGUAAUUGAGAAAUUGAAACAAGCUUAUAAAGAACUACAAGAAACUUGUAACAAAAUAAAACAAGAAAAGAUUGAAGAAGAAACAAAAAAACAUCAAGAAAUAUUAGAAAAAGCAGAGAAAUCUUUAAAUAAUAAUGAAUGUUAA